AGACAACAUCAAGUCUACUUGUACUCAAAUAGCAUAACAAGGCUUUUGCAUGAAGAAGAAUAUUCGAACACUAGUUCAAAAUCAUCAAAUAUACAUAGAAAAUUUUGGACUUUCCUAAUAACAAACAACUUAGAAAUGGAUCUCUGGUAUAUGGAAGAAGAAAUUGAAAGAGUUGAUGAUAUCAUCAUGUCUUGGAAGAAUGAUCUUGGUGAUUCAUUCGACUCUGAAUAUAUGAGAAGAGAAUUGCUCAUUGAUAGUUUAAGAAAGAUUGAUAACAACAAUAGUGAUUGUUCUACUACUUAUGAACAAUACGAUGAAUGCGAAGAAUCUGAUGAAGAUAAUUCAUCCGAUGUCUACUCAGUCUAUUCCUAUGAAGAUGAUGAUGAAGAAACUCCAUUGAGUUGUGUUUCAAUUUCAUCAUCUAUCUUUGAUGAAUGCUUCCCUGAAUGUUCUGAAGAACAAGAAGAAGAAUCGGAACAAGACGAAUCAACAUUCACUGUGGAAAGCAUCAAACAAGAAUCAAUCACUGAUAAGAUAAAUAACUACCAUGGUUUAUUAUCUGAAUUUGAAACUAUUGACAUAAUUAGUGAACCUGGAGUGAAUUAUCAACCACCAGAAUAUCAACUUUACCCACCUAAUCCUCCUCAAUACAUGUAUCCACAACCAAACGCUCAAUAUUUUCCAGUUAUCACUUCUAAUCCUCAAUUUGUACAACAACCAAUAACUCCCCAACCAUUACAACUAACCAAUAACUUUAAACCAAUUCAAUCCACAACCAGUAAUAGUAGCUAUGAAAAAGGUGGUCAACAAACAAAUUUCCAGACCAAUGUAAUUCUUCCUCAAACCCCAACAUUUGAAAGUACCAAUUUUGAUAAUCCAAAUUGUGGAUUUGCUGUCAUUGAACAAUCUGCAAAUGAGUGGCUUGUCCAACGAUUGGAAAUCAUUAAAAUGCUGGACAAUUUAAUCCAAUCAUUAGAAAAGAAACAACAAAGUACAGCAAAGACCAAAGUGAAAGGUACAAAAACCAAUAUUGUUGGAGCUUCCUUGAUUCUUGGUGGUAUCGUAGCUGCUCCUUUCACUUUUGGUGUUUCAUUAAUUGCCUCAGGUGCUGGUAUUGGUUGUGUUGGUGUGGGAACAACAGCAACAGUUGCUGCAUCAAUUGCUGAAUGGAAACAUGCCAAGAAAUCAGCCAAGUCCAUUCAAGAACUCUUACAAAGGGAUACUCAAGCAGUAAAUGCAAUGAUUAGAAAGAUUUAUGAACAAAGGUUGACUGAUCCAUACAUUGAUAGUAGAGUUAUGAAAAUUGGUAAUAGAAAUGUCAACGUUCUUCAAUUUGUUGAAUCUCUGACAGGCCACAAGCAUCAAGAUUUGGAUAAAUCUGAUGGAUUGACUAAUGGCCACACAGGUAUUAUGAGUUUAACAGGAUUGAUGAUUAAAAGUGCCAUUCCAAUAGUUGCAAUUCCAGUUGACUUGGUAUUAUUGAUGGAUGAAUCAAAAAAGGCCAAUGGAAAGGUUCCAUCCAAGUUAACUGCCAAAUUAACUCCAAUUUUACAUUCAAUUAAGGUGCAAACAAACAAGGCAAUUGGUUGCAAUUUGAAUUGA